AUGUAUCUCCUUCUUUCUUCUUCACGCAAUGCAAUCGGUCUCUCUACAUCAGGAAGCAUGGCCACAGAUGAAUAUUUUUCGUGUCUGCAGUGUUCUGACAUGUUUCAGACACGUAGUCGAUUCAACCAGCAUCUGAAGACACAUUCGAAACCAUUUAGUUGCGAGAAGUGCGACAAAUCGUUUGCACUCCGUGCAGAUCUUACCCGACAUACACAGGCACGACACCGCGUAGGACAGACAAGGUUCGCGUGUCCAACAUCCGGCUGUCACUUCAAAUUCACCAGAAAGGAUAAUAUGCGCAAGCACAUGCGAAAUUUACACGGGGAAAUCUCGAACUCUAACCCGUCGGGAGAGAGACUGUCACCGCCCAACAACGAGGUCGAAACACGUUCCACUCCGAGAGGCAUUAUCGUUUCGCCAGGAGCUAUGCUGCUCCAAGCUGCAAGUCUUGGAAAUACUGCCUACAUCAUCGACGCUCUCCAAUCGGGUGUCGAUAUAAACAUGUCCGGAGACGAUGGAUCUACGCUGUUGCACUGUGCAGCAAAGGCAGGCCAAGUCUCUACCGUCAAAUUACUUCUUGAACGUGGCGCCUCUGCAGAUGUUGUCAACGAUGCUCACAGGUCAAUUCUACAUGAAGCUGUGCUCAGCCGAGAUCCUCUAAUGUUCGAUGCUCUCCUCAAUUUGGGCUUCAAUCCGCGCAUCAAGACUUCAUCUAGAAACUCCGUGAUUGAUAUCAUCCUGAAUGACUCUCAAAUUGAACUCCUGAAGUUUGUUCUGGAUAAGAACUAUUGGGAACUCCUCUUUGGGUCUGCAUUUCCCUUACAUAUAGCUAUACGGAAAAAGCAAAAUCAGAUCACUGCAACACUACUCUCUUACCCCAAUAUCGACAUUAACAGCCAAGAUGAGGAUGGCUUUACUCCUUUGCAUCUGGCAGUCAGAUACGACAACAUAUCGGCUAUUCAGAUAUUACUCUUGCGGGAGGACAUCGAUGUCAACGCGCUCGGGGGAAGGAUAAUUAAGACUCCUCUUAUGUGUUCAUCCAUUGUUGCAUCAUCGGAAAAUAGGUUUGAUAUAUGGAGGCUGUUACUUCAGCACAAGGAUACAGAUCCAAACCUUCGCGUCGGGAGUACAACAGCUCUGCAUUUUGUUUCAGAGUCGAGACAACCCGAUAGGCUGAGGCUAUUCCUCCAACAUCCGGAGAUUGAUCCAAAUGUUACAGACUCAGACGGGUAUACACCUCUAGCCAGAGCAUGCAUGGGGAGAGCUUCUGAAGUCGUGAGAUUAUUUCUUGAACAUCCACGCAUCGAUGUAAGUGUUGUCGACAAACUGAACCGUACGCCUCUGGUUCAAGCAGCUCGACGCCGAUAUUUCGAGAUUGUAAAAAUCUUCCUUGAAAGCGAAAAGCCAGCCCCAGACGGUUACAGCUCUCUUGGAUACACUGGGUUGCAUUUGGCAAUUAUCAAAAACAACCCUCGGGAGGCAGAGACAAUUCUAGCUCUAGAAGGAACAGAUGUGAAUGCCAAAGAUAUGAAAGGAGACACACCACUUAAUAUGGCGUUGUAUUAUGGGAAGUUGCAGAUGAUCAAUCUGUUGCUUCGUCAUCACUGUGUGUCUGUCAGUCUCAAAAAUAAGGAGGGCUUAUGUCCUCUACAUCUGAUUGCAGAAGGAAAGGGAGAUAUCGAGCAUCUGGAUCUGCUGCUACAGAGGGAAGACAUCGAUGUCAACGUUAACGUUCAAGACUGGGUCCGCAAGUCACCCCUGCACGUGGCAUGUAACCGAGGACACUUUGAGAUCGUUGAAAAACUUCUUGGACACAAGGACAUUCAGGUUAACAUUUUGAAUCCAUAUAAUGGGUCUCCAUUAUUUGGUGCUUGUAAAGAGGGCCGUUCAAAUGUUGUUGCAAUACUACUAAAGCACCCCGACAUACAAGUGAACUUGAAGAACAAUUCAAAAGAGACGGCACUGCACGCUUGCAUAGGAUUAUGGUAUAAAGAAGCCAAUCUCGGCACAAUCCGACUUCUUCUCGAAGAUAUACGCGCCGAUGUCAACAACGUGCGUUGGGAUUUCGAGACAGUGCUUGACACUGCGAUCAAAUAUAGAAAUGCGCACGUAGUCGAAAUGCUUCGCUCAUUUGGCGCCCUCACCUUCAAGGAACUCAAUUCGAGAAUCACAGAUGUACAGGCCAGUUCCGACUGGAUGUUUUCGACAGCACAAGAAGUUCCAGAAAUGCAGGAAAUCAACUGGAACCCGGAUGCCACACGAGUUGCCUAUCCAACCCAAAUUUUCGAUGAUGUGGCUAAUUCCGAUGACUGUGUGGGAGCGGAUAUGGAAGGAUUUACUUGGACUUAA